AUGUUCAAAACCACACAACAGGUGUUACAAAAAGUUGUCUCAUCCACCACCACCACCGCUACCACCACCGCUACCACCACUGCUGCAACAAGCACACAAAAACGAGUCCGAUUAAGAGACUAUGUAAAAUCAUUCAUGAGUAGUGAUGGAAGAUUCCGAGUGAGUCUUAUUGAUAAUUCCGAUUCAUUGAAAUCUUUCAUUUCACGUUUUCAUAUGAAUCCUCAAAGCAAUCCCGUUCAUCAUCAAGCCUCUCAAUUAAUGGGACAAUGUAUUUCUGCAUCCAUGCUUUUGAGUUCAUUGUUGAAAGGAGAAGAACGUAUUAAAUUAGAAAUUAAUUUACAUUCCGAUCAUCCGUCCAUUCAUCAUGUAGUAGCAGAGGCUAUUCAAGUCGGAGAGGUUCGAGGAUUUGUGUCCUAUAAGGAAAAUCCAAAGGAUUUUGUGGACAAUGAAUUGAAUUCUGUGUUUUCAGUUUCUCGUAUUUUGAUGGAACAUUCAAAACCUGUUGUGAGUUCAUUGCCUUUAUUGAUGCAAGGUGCAGACAAUGUGGAUUUGAAGAAAGAUUUUCAAGAAUUCUUUGACAAGUCGGAACAAAUUCCUACGGCCUGUACUUUGGUGUGUAAACCAAAUCAGGCAGCAGAAUGGACACAAGAAUCUUCCUCUUUGGAAGGCUCAUCUAGUACGAACAGCACAAAACAAGCAUCAUCACCACCGCCUCUGAUAUCAUAUGGUGUUAUUAUUCAACGAUUGCCAAUGAGCGAAUACAACAAUACAAUCAACGCCAAUAUUCAAUCAAGUGUUGUUGAGGAACAAUUGCAGGAUUAUCAACGAAAAUUAAUGGAGUUGGAGGAUAAAAUUGCGACACGACAAGAUAUUCAUGAACAUUUGUUUUACAAGUUCUUUAUUACAGAGGAUGCAUCAACUGUGAGAUACAAACCAAUUGAUUAUUAUUGUAGAUGUUCGAAAGAUAAGGUCUUAGAAGCCGUGUCACACGUGGGCUUGGAAGAAUUGAUCGACAUGAGAAGAGAAAUUGUUGAGGGAGGCAGAGAAACGUUUGACUCCACAUGUGAAUAUUGCAAUAAUACUUACCAUAUCGACGAAGUGGAUUUGGGGAUGUUAAUUGUCAAAGCAUCUGGAACAAAACAAGAUUAA